AUGUGCAAUAAAGAGACGGGCCAUGUGAUUGGCCUUGACCUCAGUAGCAGCUUUCUAUACGGCACCUUCCCUCACAACUCUUCCCUUUUUAGCCUUGAUAAUCUUCAAGAGCUCGAUCUUUCUGAUAAUGACUUCAACUUUUCUCAAAUUCCUUCUGCCAUUGGUCGGCUUUCCAAGUUGACAGAGCUCUACCUCUCUCAGUCUUCUUUCACGGGCUCAAUUCCAACAAUUUCGAAAUUGUCUAGCUUGAAAAUUCUCGAUCUUUCCAAAAACUAUGAGUUUGAACUUCCACAUGAAAUGAAUUUUGAGAAGUUUGUUGAUAAUCUAACUCAUAUAACCACACUUCAUCUUGAAGAUGUUAUUAUCUCAUCUCCAGUUCCCAUUGUCUUAAGCAACUUCACUUCCCUUCAAUCUCUUGUACUCGUUGGAAACCAUUUAUUUGGUUCAUUUGCAUCAAGGGUUUUUCAGCUACCUAAGCUUGAGGAAAUUGAUUUGACCUUAAACGAUGAUCUUGAAGGAAAUCUCCCCGAGUUUCCUCCCAAUGGUCCUCUCAGAACGUUAGCAAGUGCUUACACAUCAUUUUCAGGAGAAAUUACCCCUUCAAUUGGAAAUCUUGGCAACUUGACUCAAUUGAAACUUGAGAGUACUAGUUUAACCGGACCAAUCCCGUCUUCACUAGGUAACUCGACAAAGCUUUCCGUGUUAGAUAUGUUGUGUAAUUUUAAUGGUGACAUGCCUUUAUCUAUCACAAAUCUCACACAAAUCACAAUUUCGCACAUGAGAAAUGUUCAUAUUCACUCUCAAAAACUGAAUUAUUGGUUGCCUAAGCUAAGAAACCUACAGGGUUUAGCACUCGAGAACGUAAUGUUAACUGGUGAAAUCCCAACUUCUUUAUCAAACCUCACUCGACUCAAUUUUUUGGAUCUUAGUUUCAACAAGCUAACAGGUUCUUUGCCACUUUGGCUAGCUAAUAAAACAACUUUAGGUUUAUUGGAUCUGUUUGUUGCUAUGUUUGAGACAUUUCUAAAACUUUCGUGUCUCAAUACCUUACUGUUGGAUGGUAUCAAUCUUACAUUUCCUCCAAAUGAAGCAAACACCAGUGCAUUAUCCCUCCCCAAAUUUUAUUUGUUAUACCUUAUCUCUUGCAACCUUACAGAAUUCCCACAGUUUUUACGUUCCCAAAAUGAGCUUCAAUUCCUAGAUAUAUCAAGAAACAAUAUUGUGGGCACCAUACCACAAUGGUUUGUGAACACAACUACGAAAAGUCUCCUAGAAUUGUCCCUUUCUGGCAACCAUUUGUCGGGGUUUGAACAACCUCAAACUAUUCUUCCAUGGUACAAUUUAAAUUUACUUGAUCUUUCAGAUAAUAAUUUUCAAGGCAAACUUCUAAGUCCUCCAACUUCUUUGCAAUAUUACCAGAUCUCUAGUAAUAAACUGAAUGGAGUUAUACCCAAUGAUAUCUGCAAGGCAAGUUCAAUGUUCUUCUUAGAUCUAUCCAUGAACACCAUUAGUGGGAAGAUCCCAGUUUGUAUAGCUCAGCAGCUCAGUGCAAGUUUAUCAGUUUUGAAUUUGCGUGGUAAUCAUCUUGAAGGACCAAUUCCACAUGCACUCUCAAAAAAUUGCAAAAUAAAGAUGAUUAAUUUAAGCGAUAAUCAGUUAAAUGGUCAAUUACCAAAGUCAUUAGCCAAUUGUAGAUUUCUUGAAGUGAUUGAGUUUGGGAGAAAUGAGCUUAGAGACACUUUCCCUUUAUGGUUAGGAAGUCUUCAAAAGUUGCAAGUUCUUGUCUUGAGGCACAACAAGUUUCAUGGUACGAUAGUAGCUCCGAAUUCUAGUCACAAUUUCAAUUGCUUACGCGUGAUUGACCUGUCCAAUAAUUUCCAUGUUGGUAGUUUGCCAUCCACAUAUAUUCAAAAUUGGCGAGCAAUGAGAGUUACAGAUGAAGCUCAUUCUGGUGUGGUUAAUGAUAAAAUAAUUCAUACAUAUGUCAUGACCAUAACAAAUAAAGGCAGUGAAAGGUUUUACCCAGAGAUCUUGACUGUGUUUCGAGUAGUUGAUUUAUCAAGCAACAAUUUCACUGGUGAAAUACCAGAGAUUAUGGGAAACCUGACAGGGCUUCAAGCACUGAAUCUUUCCAAUAAUCAUCUUACUGGUGGAAUUUCUUUAUCGCUAGCUAAUUUGAUUGACCUUGAAGCAUUAGACCUUUCUCAAAACAUGCUCUCAGGAGAAAUUCCUUAA